AUUGGGAUCUGCCUGCAGUCGAUGAUCUCAACAAUGAUCAUGAGCAACUGUCUUAACAUAAUGACAAGCUGGUGCAUUCUUUUGAAGCAAAUGCCAAAGGGUCAAAUCACAUUCAUGUUUGGAACAAAACAAGGUUGUCUUGUGGUUGUUUUGUUGUGUACUUUUCUUGCGAGUGGUUUGGUUAUGGCUGAUGUUAUUGGGGUUGAGGAUGACAAGCACGUAGUUGGUCCCCCACAUUUGUAUACAAAAGGAGGUCUACAUCAUGGGAUUUAUAAUAGAGGGUUUAAACAUGGAUGGUUUGGUAAGGGUGGUGACCUUAGUCAUGGUGGAAGCGGUCUAGGAGGUGGUGGUGGAGGUACGGGUGGUGGCUUAGGUGGUGGUGUUGGUGGGGGCAUUGGCAGAGGAGCUGGUGGUGGUGGGGGUCUAGGUGGUGGAGCUGGUGAUGGAUCUAGGGCAGGUGGCGGGAUUAGUCGUGGAGCUGGUGAUGGAUCUGGAGUAGGUGGCGAGAUUGGUGGUGGAGCUGGUGGGGCUGGUGGAGGAGGUUUAGGUGGAGGCAUAGGUGGUGGUCGAUCUCGGGCCUGUGUAGGGUUUGGUGGUGGAGGUGGAGGUGGAGGUGGAGGUGGAGGUGGAAGUGGUGGUGGCAGAUUUGGCAGUGGUGCUGGUAGUGGUGCAGGGUUUGGAGCCAGUGGAGGGUUUGGCAAUGGCAAAGGUGGAGGUGGAGGUGGAGGUGGAGGUGGAGGUGGAGGCUCUGGGGGUGGUAGUGCACACUAG